AUGGCAUCGCUCUCCAGUAUCUUUCCAUGCAAUGUUGUGAUCGAAAUCCUCGCUUACUUGCCAGCCCGGUCUCUCGCCCGGUUCCGGUGUGUCAGCAAGUCGUGGCGUUCGCUCUUGUCCGAGAAGUACUUUCUGACGAUGUGGUUGAAUCGCAGCGGGACCUCCCUCCUGGUGGUCCCGUUGGAAUGGGAUAUUCGCGACAAGUGCUCUUUAGUGUUCGAAAAUGUGUCCAUUGGGAGGGAGAAUUUGAGGCUGCCAGUGGGCAACGACUGGGUUUCGUUAUCCGUGGUCGGUUCGUCCAGCGAUGGCGCUCUAAUUUGCUUGACCGGGCUUUCUUUCGUUCGCCGUAAUGCGAGCAAGCUAGCCAUUAUCCUUUGGAGUCCGUUCACUGGCGAAGUCAAGACUCUUAGCCACCAUGAUUACAUCUAUUGCCACGAGCGGCCCCUUUGCGCCGAAUCUCAAGCUCAGGGCUACAGUUCGGGAUGCUGUGUUCGGUAUCAUGUCCACGGUUUCGGGUACGCGCCAAAUGCCCGGGACUACAAGAUCGUGAGGAUCACUUACUCGCGUGGCGUUGCGAGGCGGGCUGUUGCUUCGAUAAGACCAUCGAAUGUUGAGGUUUAUAGCCUAGGCAGGGACAAAUGGACGAGCCUGGGGAGGCCUAAUUUCACACGGACGAUUCGUGGCAAUUCGCGGGCAUUUAUUAAUGGGGCUGCGCAUUGGCUCGCGGCGCCUAGAGAGGAUGCGCCUUACAACUCAAUCGUGGCCUUUGGUAUGGAGGAGGAAUCAUUUAAACAAGUCAUGCCGCUGCCCCGAAAGAGAAAUAUCUCGCAAUACUCUCUGCAUUCGAGAGGCAAAGCGACACUCGCAGUGUCAUGCGGUUCACUGGCUCUGAUUGCUUUCACUGUAUGGGACCGAGAGGUAUGCGGCAUUUGGGUCAUGAAGGAGUACGGCGUGGCCAGCUCCUGGACCAAGCAGCAUCACAUUGUGCUACCGAUCGGAUUGACGUGCCGAGCGGCCUUGGGACUUACUGGGAAUGGCAAGAUUGUGCUUCGCAUGGUGGAUGAGAGUUUGGUGUGUUGUGAUUUGGGGGAUAAGCAGAUCAGUGAGGUUGGAAUCGGGGGAGAAGGCACUGAGUCAUCUUUUGAUGUCAUUGAUUUGGGAAGAGGAAAUCCUUCUCUCAGGAACCAAGUGGGUGGGGGCUCCCCGUUGACCAUGCUCAACCCCCGAUAA